GAAAAACAUCAACACUGAAUUAAGAACUAUAAACCUUGUCCUGCCAGAAUUGGGAACCCACGUUAAGCGGAACUCGUGUGAGGGAAGUCGUGGUGGCUUUAUUUUAUGUGACCCCCACAGGAAACAGAAGCUAUUUGUUUUGUGAUUUGCCGAAUCAACCCGCAAUGGAACUUUAUUUCUCGCUUUGUUUGUUUUUUGUUGUUUUGUUUUUAAGUUCAUGAUAAUCUUUCUUGUAACCACUGUGGUUCUUGGCUUCUGCUAGCGCUGGAUAAACUCGGGAGUCGGGAAGCUGAGCGAAACUGUCGGCUGACUGACUUCCCGACCCAGGAAAUGAACUGUCAGGCCAGCCCUUUCUCUACUUAGCGCCCUCACAGGUCGGGAGGAUUUACAACCAGAACUCAUUAUACUUCUGUCACACAGGGCAGAGGUACUGAGCACAAAGUGCCUUUUAUUUUUAUAAGACAAGGAUCAAAGAUGGAAGCUGUCCACAUUAAAGAGGAGGCCCCUGACAUGGAACUUGUCCACAUUAAAGAGGAGGCCGCUGACAUGGAACUUGUCCACAUUAAAGAGGAGGCCCCUGACAUGGAACUUGUCCACAUUAAAGAGGAGGCCCCUGACAUGGAACUUGUCCACAUUAAAGAGGAGGCCCCUGACAUGGAACUUGUCCACAUUAAAGAGGAGGCCCCUGACAUGGAACUUGUCCACAUUAAAGAGGAGGUCCCUGAAUUUGAACUUGUCCACAUUAAAGAGGAGGUCCCUGAAUUUGAACUUGUCCACAUUAAAGAGGAGGUCCCUGAAUUUGAACAUGUCCACAUUAAAGAGGAGGCCCCUGACCUGGAACUUGUCCACAUUAAAGUGGAGCACUCUGAACUAGAACCUAUCUACAUUAAAGUGGUUCUCCCUGAGCUGGAACCUGUCCACUUUGAACCAAGUGUGUCCAAGCCUGACCCUUUGGUAAUAAAAGAGUCCAAUAAGCAGAAACGAUGCAUCCCUUAUAGGAAAGCUAUCAAAAUGCACCCUUCAUAUGAACAAAGACCAAUCUCUUCCUUAUCCCCUGUGACUGUAAAUCUUAAAGGUUCACUGCCAGGUCAUUCCAAAUCAAUACAUAGCGGCCAUCACUGUAGCGAAUGUGGAAAGAUUUUCUGUCAGUUCUGGCAGCUUAAAUUGCAUCUGAGGGUUCACACAGGAGAGAAGCCCUAUCCGUGUACAGCAUGCGGGAAGAGUUUUAAAGAAUUAGGAACCCUUAAGAGACACCGGCGAAUUCACACAGGAGAGAAGCCGUAUCACUGUACUGAAUGCGGAAAGAGUUUCAAUGAAUUAGGGAACCUGAACAAACACCAGCGAAUUCACACAGGAGAGAAACCAUAUCGCUGUCCAGAAUGCAAGAAGAGUUUUAGCCGAUCUGAACACCUUAAAAAUCACAAGAAAAUUCAUACGGGAGAGAAACCCUAUUGCUGUUCUGUAUGUGGGAAAUGUUUCAAUCUGUUAGGAACCCUUACAAAACACAAGCAAAUUCACACAGGAGAGAAGCCUUAUCACUGUUCUGAAUGUGGAAAGAGUUUCAAUGUAUUAGGGAACCUUAGGAAACACCAGCGAAUUCACACAGGAGAGAAACCGUUUCACUGUACUGAAUGUGGUAAGUGUUUUAAUCGAUCAGAGCACCUUAAAAAUCACCAGCGAAUUCAUACAGGAGAGAGACCUUAUCUCUGUACUGAGUGUGGGAAAAGCUUCAAUCUGUUAGGAAGCCUUAAAACACACCAGCGAAUUCACACAGGAGAGAAACCCUAUCACUGCUCUGAAUGUGGCAAGUGUUUCAAUGAAUUAGGAACCCUUAAAAGCCACGUGCGAACUCACACGGGGGACAGACCCUAUCAGUGUAACCAUUGUGAGCAAACUUUUAAUCAGCUGGGAAGCCUGAAAAAACACAAGCAGAUGCACAGACAGGAGUGAAAUCUUACCUGAGCCCCCAUGAGGAUGUCAUUCUUCAAGAAAGUGACUUGUGUAAGAAGGAAUCCCCAAGAGAGCUGGAACUAAAGUAUUGAAUUCUCUUUAUGUAGAUUUAAAAGAAGCAGGUCCAGGAUAACCAAGAAAACCAUUCACUCCUGAAGCACUGUAUUUGAGAGUUGAGAAUUAAGCACAAGCAGGCCUAUUGCUGGGCAUCUCUCAAGCACAUCACCUCUCAUCUAGGAAGCCUGUCAUCCCUUCUGUUACAUUCCACAAAGGUCAUGCACAAUCCUAGGAUAAAUGCAUAUGAUUUUGAUUUAGACUUGUUAUUGAACUUGAGAAAGAAUCAAAUUAUUAUUGAGUAGUCAGGCCAUGGGAAUAAGAAGUGAUGCAUCCCACUGUAUUGAGCUCAGUACAGUAAAUCCUGUUUAAUCCAGCCCCUCUACAAACCGGUUAUGAUCCUUUAUACAAUCCCAAUCCUGUCUGUUCUGGAAUCCAGUAUGAUUUGUAAGCCUAUCUGUCUGUAAUCAAUGUAAAGCUUACUAUGCAGUCUGUCACCAUGUGAUUUUUUUUUCUAAAUGUAUAAUCAAGUAUGUUGCAUACAUUCACAGAUGUCCCUCAGGUAUCAUAUAUAUAUCUGCAGUAAAACACUAAAUUACAGAGAAAUAUACCUGCACAGUACUUCUACUGUAUUAACUGCAAUAAAGUUCUUUAAGUGUUCAAA